AUGUCUCUGAGCAUGCAGGGUUCCGGAAGAGAGUACUGGGAAAGCUCUCAGCCUAUGGACCUACGCGAUCCCUACUUGCGCGAGCAUCUCGCUUCAGGGUCCGAGCGAGAAGCUGAACGCAUCGCGGACAGGCGUGGGCACCACACUCUCGACGAGGGAAUGACCCAUCCCGAUGCGCACGCGGUUCUGUAUGACGGCGAGUUUGGGCGCGUCGAUCCCACGGGCUGGUUCCCACACUACAAGGGCUGUGUGCAGUACUUUGUCGAGUGCAGUCAGCACACGUCCACGGUCCAGUCGGUGGCCGCCUUUAUCAACAUCCGCCUGCCCUGCCAGCAGCCGUCGGAUCCAGUCCCCGGAUCAAGUGCACCGGUGUCGUCACCGUUUGUUUCUCUCCGGCCGUACCUUCGUCGCUUGAUUGUUACGGCCCAGGACUCGCCUGUUGUUAUGCGCGCUUUCUUCGGCGACAACUGGGAGGCCGGCGUCGGCUGUAUCUACAAGCAGGAGCGCGCCAACUACCUUUUCGCUGCAAAGAGUGGUGGCUGGGCAUCCACCAAGACCGCCUAUGAUAUUCUGCCCGAUGAGCAAACCCCGUUCUUGCGACCCUUGCGCGACCCGUCCGAGGAUGAGAUCCGCAUGGCUGAAGCCCGGUGGAGUGAAUGGUUGGCCAUGGAGGAUUGGAUGGUGGGGGCACGAAGUCCCUGGUAG